GCCUGUGGCGUCUGGGACGAAGGCGCGGACCCAAGCGCUGCCUGGGAGCAUCGCGCACCCGGCCCCGCCGGCAAUCAUGGGCUGCAGCAGGUUCUGCCUGUCUCUUGUGCUAACUGCUCUACAUGCGGUGGCUGCAGAUGAAGGUGCACCCCUUGUUCACCAGGACUCCUGGGGAGAUUUUUGGCUGUUACCAUUUUUGGUCAAUGCUGCAGGCUAUGCAAGCAUUCUUGUGCCAGGUUUCUUGCUCAUACAGUAUUUUAAGAGGAAGAAUUACCUUGAAACAGGCCGUGGAAUUUGUUUUCCAGUAAUCAAAUCCUGUGUUUUUGGCAAUGAAGCCAAAUCAGUGCAUCAGGAUGAUGGCAUUUUGGCAGCUCGAAAUGAGACUGUAGAGUCAUCUACAGCCCGUCAGAUUUUUAAGCUGCUAUUCUGUGCAACUGGCUUGCAGAUCUCUUAUUUGACAUGGGGUGUCCUCCAGGAGCGUGUCAUGACCAGGUCCUAUGGAGCAAGUGACUCAGAGGCUGGAGAGAAGUUCAAAGAUUCGCAGUUCCUUGUCUUCAUGAACCGGAUCCUGGCCUGUACCGUGGCUGGCCUCUAUUGUGCUCUGACCAAGCAGCCCCGUCAUGGCGCUCCCAUGUACAAGUAUUCUUUUGCUUCCCUCUCCAACAUUCUCAGCAGCUGGUGCCAAUAUGAAGCUCUCAAGUAUAUCAGUUUCCCCACACAAGUGCUGGCCAAAGCCUCCAAGGUGAUUCCGGUCAUGCUGAUGGGCAAACUGGUGUCUCGCAAAAGCUAUGAGUACUGGGAAUAUUUAACAGCAGCACUCAUUUCAGUAGGGGUUAGCAUGUUUCUGCUCUCUAGUACUCACAACAAGCAUCUCUCCACUGUCACUACCUUCUCUGGUGUGAUCCUCCUCGGUGGCUACAUUGCUUUUGACAGUUUCACCUCCAACUGGCAGGAUGCCCUCUUCACCUAUAAGAUGUCCUCAGUGCAAAUGAUGUUUGGGGUGAAUGUCUUUUCUUGCCUGUUCACAGUGGGCUCGCUGCUGGAACAGGGGGCCUUGAUAGAAUCGGUAAACUUUAUGGCACGGCAUUCAGAGUUUGCUGCUCAUGCUGUGCUUUUGUCCGUGUGUUCCGCUUUUGGACAGCUCUUCAUUUUCUACACCAUCAGCCAAUUUGGAGCAGCCGUCUUCACCAUUAUCAUGACUCUACGCCAAGCCUUUGCCAUCCUGCUUUCUUGCCUCAUCUAUGGCCACGCAGUCACCGUGAUGGGCGGGCUGGGAGUAGCUGUGGUUUUCGUAGCACUUUUCCUCCGUGUCUAUGCCCGCAGUCGCAUGAAGAAGCGAGCAAAAAAAGUGCCUGCGGGCGAGGGCGGAGUACAAAAGGUUUAGGAGCUGCAGGAAAACCUGUGUCCUCCCCACCAAAUCCAAAGCAUUUGCUUAAUCCUGGUCAUGAACUUAGUAAAGAGCUGGAAAAGAGGUGAAGCCUGAUUAUUUUUUUCCCUAGAUGAUUUUCUUUGGGGAAAAAUACUGGACUGAUUUGAAGGCCAUGAAGGAGUGCUUCUUCUAAUGUCUGAACAGUUUUCUCAAAACAAGCGGUACCAAGAUCCUUUUCUCAGCGAACAGAUGGAGGUGAGCCUAAUAGGCUUAUCCUGACUUGUGGUUUUAUAUGAGAUGGCUUAUUUAUGAUCAGGGCAAAGUGAAGUUGUUUUUGUACAGUUCCCAUCCUGUGAAAGGGAACACCAAGAAUAAAACUUUGAAAAGUUCUAAUCAGAACAAAAUAUCCAGACUUCACUAUUGGAAGACCAACCUAGCCCAGUUCCCACAGGAAAUCUGGGACUUUUCUUACUGCGGGUAAACUUUUUUAUAAUUGGGGGGAGGGAGGGAGGGGGUUGCACUUAAAAAAAAUAAAUUUCAGCCUGUAAGAGCCAUAGGGACAUGGCAAUAUUUUGGUACAUUAAUGCCAGAUGUUCACCUCCCCUUUUUGUUUUUCAGCAAGGUUUGAAAUAAUGCUGAAGUACGAAAUCAGCAUUUAAUGCUUUCAGAUGACUAACAAACCUGAUUUUCAUCUUUUUAAUAUAAUUAGAUCAAUUUAGUUGUGGUUGCAUAAAGGCAGGUGGGGCCAUUUGCAGCCCACUUACUCCUGCCCUGCAGAAUUUGAUUUGCUGAAUAGUGAGCUCUUUCCAAUUAUUGCUUAUGCGUUUUCUAGUUUGGUGUGCUCAUAAUUUUGCUGAAAAGUUGAUAGUGCACCACUUUUGCUUCUGUUGGUUUUUGCUAGCUGACCGUCAGCUAUUCACUCAUUUUCUUGAACCUCGAGCCAAACCCUGGGACAUUUUCCUGGGAUUUAUAAUUGUAGCAAGCAUUUCAGAAAAGCACAUCCAUUAUCUUUUUAAAGGUUGAACUUUUUGGAAGAGGCUCAAAUUUUGUUUCAUUGUCCUUGACAAGGUGGUACAGCAGUACAUCUUGACUUUUGCCUCAUCCCUCCCCUAAUGGAUUUGCAGAGGUUGCUACAAUUUCUCAGUUUACAUGAAGAACCAGCAAUACAAGACAAAUGGCUCAGCCUUGGAUUCUUCCAACAAAAUGGCUUCCCUUGAAAACUUGAGCAUUGCAGAGCUCUGACAUAUACACUCUUAUUUUACAUAGUGUGCUCAGCAUGUUGUAACUGUUGAGGGUGAGGAUAAUUUUGAAUGUUGUUGCUGAAAGCAGUUGCCUGGUCUUUUAUCAUUUUUGGAACUAAGAAAUAGUAGCUCUGAGUUGUACAGGACAAGAGUGAUGGAUAUGUCCAAAGAUAAUUGCUCUGAAACCCCACUAUAGCAUUGGAGUUACUUUUGCCAGUUCUACCCAGAAUGUCUGGAUUUUACCAAUUUUACCAGUUUUAAACUGCCAAGCUGAAAUUGUGCAGGGCAAAUAUUUCUUGAAAUACAACUAUCUUAUUUUAUUAAAUUUAAAAUAUGCAGCAAA